CUCCAGUGAAUGCUACAGGACGCUGGGAGAACUCCCCCUUAGACAAGAGCUGCAGACUGAAAAGGAAGCAAGUCCAGACCUGUCUAGAAUUUCCCGCUGCCCUCAGUGGAAAGAGAGUAAAACAGAGAGUGAGAGAGUGACUCCUACACAAUGCGGACCCUCAUCCUCCUCACGCUCCUGGCUGUUUUGAUGGUGGCAGCUUUCUGCUAUGAGUCUUAUGAGAGUAUGGAAUCCCACGAGUUUGUCAAUCCCUUCAUUAACAGACGAAAUGCCAACGACUUCAUGAGAUCUCAGCCAAGACGAAACUUCAUGGUGCAGGAGAGGAUCAGAGAACGCAAUAAGACCCCCCAGGAACGCCAGCGAGAGAUCUGCGAGGACUACAACCCCUGUGAGCGCUAUGCCAUGCGCCAUGGCUACAUCGCUGCCUAUAAGCGCUACUUUGGGCAGCGGAGGAGCAAGUUCGAGUAACAAGUUCCCAUCCCCGGUGCCUGGAGCCUGGGUUCUGUACCUAGAAAGAGCGAUGUCUCUGAAACCUAUUAAGUUGCUUGUUAACUGUAUGUUAUCCUGCCUGCCCUCUGCUUCACUCCCCUGUAACCAGGGAUUCCUAGAUUUUGUGUAAAUUAGCCCAAUGCCGCUGUAGAAGAGGUUGGACAGGAGCCAGGAUGUGGGUGUUUAUUAGACAAUAAACUGCUGGUUUGAUACUAUUUCUUUGUGAC